AUGUACAAUGACAUGCUGGACGGUGAUUACUGGAGGAGAGUUAUGGAUGGCCGGUGGGAAAAUUUCAGGCUCGAUAUCAAUGCGAGGAUGCAAGUGCUUGUUGCGCGCUCUUCCGAAGCGUAUGCCUCAUCUUGUAGUGGUGAAGUCCUUGUGUAUGUCGGACAGCGGCUCGGGCCGUCGGGCGGAGUCAGUGCUUUCCAGACUCCUAUGCCCAAUCCUAAAGUUAAGAAUCCAGAUCCCAACAUUCUGCGCACUUAUGAACUUCCAAUUUUGCAACGCAACAGCGCUGUCACGCGUAUUGUUAGCAUUGACGUCUCCAACAAUUUCCAGGAAGACGUCGACUGGGAGAAUGGACAGUCGGCGCCUGGGCUGGAUAAUACUCUCUUACCCUUAGGUCAAGCCAGUGCUCUACCUGUUCCAGCUGUUCCUGCCGGACUCCGAAAAUCCAGAAGGGACAGUAACGAUACUAAAGCUGAUGUUCCAUCACUUUGUCCCAUCGCAGCCGCGGCGACAGAUGCUACUCCUGUAUCUACGUCCUCGUCCCCUGCAUCUUCGAUCACUUCUCCGCCAGCCAUGCCUAAACCAUCAUGUAUCUUACACGAGCAGGAUCCGGACCAAGGCAUAACACAAGCAUUUUGUCUCUGCGACGGCACGGCCACCUUGUCGCCCCUGUAUGUGCCGGCGACAGGUCACCAGAGCGAUAGCUGUGCAUACACCACCAUCCCAGUCACAGCGAAGGAAAGUGUCACAACAUUUGCAUCGGCGUACACCAAGAACUGCCAGGGCUGCACUCUAGUUGGAUUCAAUGCUCCUAGCUGCACGACUGUUCUGCAGUGCACUCCCACAAGUGCAGAGGUUACCGUUCAAGCAGGGAGCUCUCUCGUACACAUAGGCACACUGACCGGCACAGCUCUCUACACCUCUAUUUCCAGCGCCCUAGAAAAAAACUCUGUCCAGUACGUCAGCGCCGGCAGCCUCGACAGCAACGGGGAGCUAGUGAUAAAGGUGGCCGCUAGUUCGUACAACUCGACCACCCUCCGCGACGCGAUGAUCAAAUCGGCGGCUCUGACGGCGCAGAAGGGCUCCGAGCAGCAAAGUUCCUGCUCCAACCAGACGUACACGACCCUUGUGAAGCGCGACGUGCCCCCGCCGUCGCGAAUCUAUGGCAAAAGGAGUAGCUUAUUCGCGGGCUAUGCCCGAGGCCGUCCAGAACCAGUUGAGCAAAAAGGCGUCUUUUGCAACACCGCGGCCUUUGCGGGCGUCGGAUACUUUUCAGCCGAAUGGCGAAAGGCUCAGAAUCCGGGUGCAGAAGCAUACAUCGACGCUACGUGGGAGUUCUAG